GAUCUCGAAUGCACCCGGCUAGUGCAUGUUUACUUUUGCGGCCCCUUUGAGAAACGCUUGUGUGCAGAGGAAAGUGGGGUAACGAUGAAUUGGACGACUGUUGUGAUGGCGAUCGUAGUGCCGAUGGUGAUACGAGGUUGUGAGGUGACGACGCUUGGAAGCGAUUUUCAAGAAACUCUGAAGAAGAACGGAGAUUUGUGGACAGUCAGCGUGGGCGUGAAACCGAAUCACGACGAUUACUGGCAGUUAAGCCUCUUCGUGACAGUCAUAGAAGACAUCCGACCAACGCCUGUCAUGAACGUAACACUAAAUGCCACCUCGAAUGCAGUUAUACGACUGCACGGACAUUUUGGUAAUGAAGAAAUCACUGGUGAUGGCUUCCUUGUUAUGUUGAAGAACCAGUCUAUUACCCUCGCUGUCACAGUCAGUCGAUACGAUUUAGAACUUCAAGUGGGUCAUGAGAAGAAGGCCGCAACACAUGGGCUAGGGAAUUUCAAUGGGAUAACAACUUCGACUCUCGAAUUAAAGAACAUAGUUGCUGCUGAAAACUUCAAUGUGUCACACGGUUGCAUCGAAGUCAAUAACAGUCGUACAUCCAAGAUACUGAAAUAUGCCGUUCAGCCAAGAUUUUCAGGUACAGCCACUACACUGGACUAUUCGGCUCAUACGACAUUACCAGGAAAUAAAACAGCAGUUAUAGCCGUGGCCUCAUGCACCGCGAUAGUCCUCGUUAUGGGAGUGAUAUUCCUAAUUUCGAGACGACUGCUCGCCUGCUCACCUACUAGUAAACUCUGCACCGUCCCACCUGCAGUCUUCUACGUAGUCCAGUCUCCCGGGAGGUCACACUGCUCUCUACACCUCCAGCAGGAGAACGUCGACGAUCCCUCACUCAGUGACGACAGAGACUCGGACAGCGCCUUCGUUCCGAGUCGGAGUCCUCGUGUAGAUCCAACUUCUUCGCUAUGCAGAAACACUCGUGGAAGGGAGGUCGUUGCUCGUCACGGCGUUUCGGAGCGUCCUGACGAACCCUUAAAGAGAACUCUCAGUAGCCACGUCUACGAAAGCAUCACCGACUUGGACGCUUCGGCCGACGAGCACUCUAGUUCGAACAGCACAUAUGAACCGUUAUAAGCAUGAA